AGCCAAUCGCGUGGAGCCGGUGGCCGUCGGCGCGGUCACUGGCGGCGUCGAGGAGACCUGGUUACCGCCAUGAUAGAACAGCAGAAGCGUAAAGGCCCGGAGUUGCCGCUGGUCCCGAUCAAGCGGCCACGGCAUGAGUUGCUUUUGGGAGCGGCGGGGUCAGGCCCCGGAGCCGGACAGCAGCAGGCGACGCCUGGGGCUUUGCUGCAAGCGGGCCCUCCAAGGUGUUCCUCCCUUCAAGCCCCUAUCAUGCUGCUCUCAGGACAUGAAGGAGAAGUUUACUGUUGCAAGUUUCACCCCAAUGGAUCCACCUUAGCUUCUGCAGGAUUUGACCGUCUUAUAUUGUUGUGGAAUGUCUAUGGUGACUGUGAUAACUAUGCCACAUUAAAGGGCCACAGUGGAGCUGUGAUGGAGCUACAUUAUAACACGGAUGGCAGUAUGCUCUUCUCAGCAUCCACAGAUAAAACUGUGGCAGUGUGGGACAGUGAAACAGGCGAGAGGGUCAAAAGGCUGAAGGGACACACUUCCUUUGUGAAUUCCUGUUACCCAGCCAGGAGGGGCCCCCAGCUUGUCUGCACUGGCAGUGACGAUGGUACAGUGAAGCUUUGGGACAUCCGGAAGAAAGCAGCUAUCCAGACAUUUCAGAACACAUACCAGGUGUUAGCAGUGACCUUCAAUGACACAAGUGAUCAGAUUAUCUCUGGAGGAAUAGACAACGAUAUUAAGGUCUGGGACCUACGCCAGAACAAGCUAACCUACACCAUGAGAGGCCAUGCAGAUUCAGUGACUGGCCUGAGUUUAAGUUCUGAAGGUUCUUACCUCUUGUCCAAUGCCAUGGACAAUACAGUGCGUGUCUGGGAUGUGCGGCCCUUUGCCCCAAAAGAGAGGUGUGUGAAGAUAUUUCAAGGAAAUGUACACAACUUUGAAAAGAAUCUCCUGAGAUGUUCUUGGUCACCUGAUGGAAGCAAAAUAGCAGCUGGCUCAGCAGACAGGUUUGUGUAUGUGUGGGACACUACCAGCAGGAGAAUCCUGUAUAAGCUGCCUGGCCAUGCUGGCUCCAUCAAUGAAGUAGCCUUCCACCCGGACGAGCCCAUCAUUCUCUCGGCAUCCAGUGACAAGAGACUGUACAUGGGAGAGAUCCAGUGAAGGUGGAUGGAAGACUGCUUGACCUGGAGGCUCCCAGCUGCUUAAUCAACGGGCGUCCAGUGGCACCCUGACUGAGCUCCUCCCUUCAGUGGUCGUUACCAGCAAGCAGCAGAAGUGCAGCUAUAUUACAGCAGUUGUUUGAGCAAGAUGAUUGAGACAAGCCCCAGGGACCUCCAGUGCCACCUGCCAGCUUUCAGGGACUGUUUUCUCCCUUUUUUAAAAAAAAUAUAUAUAUAAUAAUAAGUUUUUUCAGAAGGACAAAUGCAAUUUGUUGGGUUUGGGGGUUCAUUUUUCUUUUUGUUUGUUUUUAAUUCAGUAACUGGCUUGUAUGAUAUUUUCUUUCUAUGUUUCUCUGAGUCAUUUUGUACUAAGAGCCAAAUAGAUGCCUUUUUACAA